AUGGAGACUGGGGAAUAUGUCCCGGGCAGCGUCUACUUCUACGCCCCAAACAAGGGCGCGCCAGUGUUCUUCGCCGUUGGCUUCUGCCUCUCCGGACUCUUCCACAUAUACCAAUGCAUCCAUUACCAAAGUUGGAGACUGACAGGCCUCUACGUCUUCUGUUCCAUCCUAUUCACGGCCGGCUUCAUCGUCCGCGAGAUAGGCGCCUUUGACUACGGGAACCUGGUCAAGUACAUCGUCAGCAUAUGCCUCAUCUACGCCGCUCCUCCCAUCCUCGAACUAGCAAACUACAACAUCCUCGGCCGCAUCCUAUACUACGUCCCAUACCACUCGCCCAUCCACCCGGGGCGGGUCAUCACCACGUUCGCCUUCAUCUCCUUCAUCGUCGAAGCUCUGAACGGCACGGGCGUGUCGUACAGCGUGAACCAGUCGCUGUCGUCGUCGCAGCAGGAGAUCGGUCGCUCGCUGCUCAAGGCGGCGCUGGUGAUCCAGCUGGGGGUGCUUUUCCUGUUCCUGUUGCUCGCGGGGACUUUUCACGUGCGGUGCCGGCGGGCGGGCCUGUGCGGCGGCAAGAACCCGGAUAACCCGAACGGCAAGAAGCUUGCGAGCGCGCUGUACACGCUGUACGCGUCGACCACGCUGCUAGGCGUGCGCACUAUCUUCCGCGUCGUCGAGUACUUUGCCAUAGCCCAGCACAACUUUUGGGAGCCGGGACUGGAUCCUAGCAGCUUGAGUGUCGUCAUCCGGUACGAGUGGUACUUUUAUGUCUUUGAGGCAUCGCUCAUGCUCGUCAACCAUGUCAUGAUCAACCUCCGCCACCCCAGGCGGUACCUACCUAAGAGCGCAAAGACGUAUCUCAGCGUCCUGGACGGCAAGACCGACGUCACGGGCCCGGGCUACGAGGACGGUCGGCCGUUUUGGCAGACGCUGGUGGAUCCUUUUAAUCUGGCUGGUUUGGUGACCGGCGGAAAGAGCGAAAGGCAGAAGAGGUUCUGGGAGGAGGAAGGUGGGCGUGGUGGGGAUCAUGAUGCCGCGGUGAAGGGCAGUCAGAACUUGAAGAUGGGGGACGACACGGUUUAG